AUGGAUUCGCAAGAAAAUCUUCAACCCAUUAACAGACCAGAGCGAAAUCAAAAUCCCAAUUCAAAGACUUAUCUUUUGGUUUCAAUCCUUAUACUCUUCGUAGCAAUCUCCUUCACUUUUACCAAAACUGACUACUACAAAAUUCAACUCCUCAGACAUAAAUUCUCAUCACACUCCAAUAUUUUCCAAGCUUUUCUGGAGUUUCUUGCUCCAACUCAAAAGCCCAGAAAAACCCAAACUCCAAAACCCAUUUCUAAGCCUCCUUACUGUGUCCUAUGGAUGGCUCCUUUCCUUUCAGGUGGUGGGUACAGUUCAGAAAGUUGGUCAUAUAUCUUGGCCCUUCAUGAAAAUGUAAAAAGCCCACUUUUUAGAUUGGCCAUUGAGCAUCAUGGUGAUCUAGAAUCAUUGGAUUUUUGGGAGGGUUUACCAGUUUCUACCAAAAACUUGGCAGUUGAGCUUCACCAAACUGAAUGUACUAUGAGUGAAACUAUUGUGAUUUGUCAUAGUGAGCCUGGUGCUUGGUACCCUCCAUUGUUUGAAACUAUGCCGUGCCCACCAGGUGCUUACCAAAAUUUCAAGGCUGUGAUUGGUAGGACCAUGUUUGAGACUGACAGGGUGAACGCUGAACAUGUCAAUAGAUGUAACAAAAUGGAUUAUGUUUGGGUGCCUACGGAAUUUCAUGUAUCAACAUUUAUAGAAAGUGGGGUUGAUCCAUCUAAAGUUGUGAAGAUUGUUCAACCUAUUGAUGUGAAGUUCUUUGAUCCACUUGCGUAUAAGCCUUUAAAUCUAGAUUCUACAGGGCAUUUGGUUUUAGGAGCAAGAACCAAUAGUUUGAAUUCAAAGUUUGUUCUUUUGAGUGUCUUUAAGUGGGAGUAUAGGAAAGGAUGGGAUGUGUUGUUGAAGUCAUAUUUGGAGGAGUUUUCUGGCGCUGAUGGUGUUAGUUUGUAUCUUUUAACAAAUCCAUAUCACUCUGAUGGAGAUUUUGGGAAUAAGAUAGUGGACUUUGUUGAGAACUCUGAUAUAACAAAACCAGUUACUGGUUGGGCUCCUAUAUAUGUCAUAGACAACCACAUAGCUCAAACUGAUUUGCCUCGGCUCUACAAGGCAGCCGACGCCUUUGUUCUUCCAUCAAGAGGAGAAGGGUGGGGAAGACCCAUUGUGGAAGCCAUGGCAAUGUCCUUGCCAGUAAUAGCUACCAAUUGGUCCGGGCCAACUGAGUUUUUGACAGAAGAAAAUAGCUAUCCAUUGGCAUUUGAUAGAAUGAAUGAAGUAACUGAGGGACCUUUUAGAGGGCACCUUUGGGCAGAACCUUCUGUUAGUGAGCUUCGUGUUUUGAUUAGGCAUGUGAUGAACAACAUGGAUGAAGCCAAGGCAAGAGGCAAAAAAGCAAGGGAAGACAUGAUUAGAAGGUUCUCCCCAGAGAUUGUUGCCAAUAUCCUUGCUGAUGCUAUACAAAAUAUACUUGAGAAGUCCAAUGAUUAGCCCCAUUUUUUCUUUAUUAUUUUAUGUUUUCAUUUGUGAGACACUCCUCUAAAAGACCUACACAAAGUAAUGCCACCUUUUUAUGAAAUGCAUCUGUGAAUUUACCAAAGCUUUCUAUGAAAUGUGGGUUUAUUAAUCUGCA